UACGCCCACCAUCUUCCUCUUCCCUCUUUCCAGCUCUUUCCCUUUUGGCUGCCAUGGGAAACACCUUUGGGCUCAAGAAGACGGUUAAGGUGAUGACGGUCUCCGGUGACACGAUCAAACUAACCCCCCCGGUUCAAGCUCGGGAUGUCGUCAAGGACUAUCCCGGCUUCGUUUUACUCGAAUCUGAGGCUGUGAAACACUACGGAGUUCGAGCAAAGCCAUUGGAACUCCACCAGAAGCUUAGCACGAAAAGACUCUAUUUUCUUGUGGAGCUGCCUAAAGUUCCAAAAGAACAGGCUCCACGGCGAGUACGGUCGGCGAUCAACAUGAGUGCGAAGGAUAGGCUAGAGAGCUUGAUGUUGUCACGGCGGUCAGCAUCGGACCUAACUAUCAUGAAACCGAAGAGCGUGUUGGCAGAGGAGGGCGGUGAACAGAGAGAGGGAUCGGAAGCGACACGGGUGAAGGUACGGCUGCCGAAGGCGGAGGUGGAAAGGGUGUUGAAGGAGAGCAAAGAUGAGGCAGAGGCAGCGGAGAGGAUUAUGGGGUUGUACAUGGCCAAAGCUAGAGAAAGUGUUUGUCAAAAUGAAAAGACGAUGGAGAAGGAGAAGGAUGUCAUGAUCAAGCCACGUGAGAAGCGACGAGUAAGUUUCAUGACGACAAUAGAAGCAAUGCCUCAAAUUGCGGUAGCAACUUAAUUAACAAGGGCAACAAAAAUCAUAGACAAAUUAAUUGAAGUGACACAGUGACGUGACGAUCUACUGAGAGUAUUACGUUACGUCCUUCAUUUCAACUUAAAACAUUUGAAUUUUGAACCGCUUUUGUAGAAUAUAGCUAGAUAUAGUUUCGUUUUUUUUUUUACGUCCAUUAUGUACUCAUAAAUAAAUUAAUGUUAUAUAAGUAGCUAGCUCCCGAGUCAUGGAGAGCUUUUUUUAGCUCA